CUCGCUCUCUCUCUUCAAUUUCUUGAAGUACUGCAGAGACGGAGCUGCAGCGCUUAAACACCGUCAGCUCUUGCUUUAGUUGCCGGAUAUCUUUGCAACACAAAUAAAUGUUUAUUCAUUAGCAACGGCGGGCGUCUCGUAAUGGAGAACCAACAGCGACAUCUCAUCUGCUCUGCUCCCUAAAGGACUCAUGAGAGCCAUAAAGGCAAAAGCACUUCUUCUGUGGUGACUGCAGACCUCUUCCCCUCCACCAUCUAAUCAUGGAUGAUAUAGCUCCACAAGACACGUCUUCCCUCAUGAAGGGGGCCAGAGUCAUUGCUAAGGAGGCCAAACGACAAGCUGUUAAGAAGGUCAACAAAGUUGUGGACCAUGCCUCAGACGAGUACUCCCAUAGUCGCACCUACCAGCGCUUCCAGGAUGAAGACGAUGACUACUACAGCCAGCCGGAUGGGAACUACACAGGAGACCACGCCAAUGAUGAAGAGGGAUCCAGUGACGCCACUGAGGGUCACGAUGACGAGGAUGAGAUAUAUGAAGGGGAGUACCAGGGGAUCCCCUCGGAUGCAAAGGCCAGAGAUGGACAGGUGGCUCUGGGACAGCCGCUGGCGGAUGGCCUGAAGGACCGGAGAGAGCUGGAGAACGAGAGGCAGGCAGACGAGGAGGAGCUGGCGCAGCAGUACGAGCUCAUCAUUCAGGAGUGUGGACAUGGCAGGUUUCAGUGGCAGCUGUUCUUCACUCUGGGCUUGGCGCUCAUGUCUGAUGGUGUGGAGGUCUUCGUGGUGGGCUUUGUUCUCCCUAGUGCAGAGACGGAUAUGUGUGUGCCUGACUCGAGCUCUGGAUGGCUAGGCAGCAUUGUGUAUUUGGGGAUGAUGGUAGGGGCCUUCUUCUGGGGCGGCAUGGCUGACAAGGUGGGCAGAAGGCAGUGUCUGCUGAUGUGCAUGUCCAUGAAUGGCUUCUUCGCCUUCCUGUCUUCUUUUGUGCAGGGCUAUGGCUUCUUCCUGCUCUGUCGCAUGAUAGCUGGCUUUGGGAUUGGUGGAGCAGUGCCCAUUGUCUUCUCAUACUUUGCUGAGGUAUUGGCAAGAGAGAAGCGUGGAGAGCAUCUAAGCUGGCUCUGCAUGUUCUGGAUGAUUGGAGAGAUUUAUGCCUCCGCCAUGGCCUGGGCCAUCAUACCUCAUUACGGCUGGAGUUUCAGUAUGGGCUCAGCUUAUCAGUUCCACAGCUGGAGGGUGUUUGUGGUGGUGUGCGCUCUCCCCUGCGUCUGUGCCGUGGUGGCCUUAACGUUCAUGCCAGAGAGCCCAAGGUUCUACUUGGAGGUGGGGAAGCACGACGAGGCCUGGAUGAUCCUCAAGCAGAUUCAUGACACAAACAUGCGAGCGCGUGGACAGCCCGAGAAAGUCUUCACCGUGAACAGAAUUAAGAUCCCAAAGCAGAUUGAUGAGUUUGUCGAGAUGCAGACCGAAUCUGGCAACCUUUUCUCAAAAGUGAUCUUCAGGAUAAAGACUGAGCUUCAUGGGAUUUGGUUAAACUUCUUGAAGUGUUUUAAUUAUCCAGUGAAAGACAGUACAGUCAAACUUGCUAUUGUGUGGCUCACACUGUCAUUUGGGUAUUAUGGUUUAUCCGUGUGGUUCCCUGACGUCAUCAAACAUCUUCAGGCCGAUGAAUACGCCUCCAAAGUACAAAGGCAUAACAAUGAGCGCAUUGAAGACUUCACCUUCAAUUUCACCCUUGAGAACCAGAUACACACUAAUAGCUUAUUUAUCAAUGACAGGUUCAUAGGUAUGAAAUUCAAGUCUGUCACUUUCAUCAAUUCCACUUUUCAGAGCUGCUUUUUUGAGGAUGUGACAUCAGUUGGAUCUUUCUUUCGAAACUGCACAUUUAUUGAGGCUGUCUUCUAUAACACUGUGGGCAUCACCAAAGCCAUCCCCAUUCUUCUGGCCUCCUCAGUGCUCGUAGGCGGAGGUCUGGUGGGAUUGCGACUACCUGACACCAGGUCAAAUGUCCUCAUGUAA